CUCAGUGUGUUCCACCAAGAGUAACAAUCUGCUGCGUUGGGUUGAAAAUCUGCUGCGGUUCAUCCUCUUUUAAGAGAGCUCAGUUAAAGAGCCAGUCACAAAUCACUCACAUCACCUUUCACACCCUUUACUACAUCUCACAGCCAUGGCUAUCGAUCGCAUCGUCAGCCUUGUUCUUCGCGCCGCGGAGCUCGUCUUUGCCGCCAUCGUCGCAGGCGUCAACGGCGAGUAUCUGCACAAGUCUGAUGGUGCCAGUGCAUGGCAACUCGGCCGGUUCAUCUACACCGAAGUGGUGGCUGCACUGGGCAUAUUGUUCUCUCUAUUGCUCCUCAUUCCCUUCUCAAGCACCUUUAUCCACUGGCCUUUGGACAUUUUCAUGAGCAUCAACUGGUGGAUCGUCUUUGGCCUUCUCGUCGAUUUGAUUGGAGACUCUUGCGGUCGCGUGUUCAACUGGGGCAACGUCCAUCCUAUUCACGGCGAUCAGUGCGGCAAGUUCAAGGCAACCAUCGCCUUCAGCUUCCUCUCGGCACUUCUCUGGCUCGUCUCUGCCCUCGUCGGCUUCUUCUGGGUUCGCCGCCGUGAGCGCACCGUCGCCCGCGCCGAUGCCGCCCACUACAACCGCCGCAGGCAAUGGUUCCGCCGCAGCCAUGUCUAAGGGACCGCACUGACUCUAAACAAGCUUUGAGAGUUUCAAGACUAUGUCCUGGUUUUUUUUGAGUUGGCGGCUACUUGCCGAGCCUUGGCGAAUACCGUGUUGUACCUUGGGGCAUUCCGAUUUCCCGCGCUGGGCGCAGACUAAUGGGGACAUGUGUGGCUGUUUCCUUGUUUUCUUUGUCUUUUUGAGUUGGAGCUUGUUGGAAUUGAGUAACGCAACUUUUGGAUACCCUCAAGACGAUGGACAAAGCUGUUACCUAACAAUAAUGAAAGCAUUUCUUUUGUGAUCUAAACAAACCUGCUCUUGUCUUUUCGCCUAGUGAAUGAGCAUUCGCCUCUUCAAAAUCCCAUCCUGAUUAUCAGAUGCUG